GUAAAUAAUGAGUUGACCGGACACGCGGUGAUACAGGACGCAUGCGCAGUGCAUGUUUGACGUCUCCAAGCGCUUAAUACGAACGCAAACACACAACCGUCUCACCCCAUGAACAUAUCGCUGAAAAACUUAUCCUGGGCGCUAAAAACUUUCCUAUUAUGGAAAAUUUUGUGGUUGUAGAUGUGAUGCCUCCAGGGUCCUUUGGAAUGACCUUUAUUGUAGAAGACAGAAAUUCUGGCUUGGAAUACACGCUGAAGAAGGUGGAAUGUUUGGAUGAAACUAGAGCCAAUAGAAGCCUACAGGAGGCUUUGUGUCUCAUCGAUGUGAAUCACCCAAACAUUGUCAGAUACAGGGAGUUAUUCAUAUUAUGGGACAAACAUAUAACAUCGUCCAUGCUUUCAAUGGUCAUGGACUGUCCGUAUAUGACAACCCUUAAAAUAGUCGUCUCAUCUCAAAGGGAGCAGAAGGAGAGGUUUGAGGACAGGUGCCUACAGAUGUUCUUGGGACAAAUGGUGGAUGCACUGGCAUACCUCCACAACAGAUGCAUUUUACACAGAAAUCUAAAACCAUCCAACAUUCUGAUGAGCAGUGACUCUGUCUUUCGCAUAUGUGAUUUCGGAACCGCAACUAUCUCACAAGAUCAAGCAAAGGUUGAUAUACGAAUCAAAGAGAGUGAGAAGUGUUGGAUGGCCCCUGAGGGCAUGAGGCUAUUCCAGUGGAGUGACAAGUCUGAUAUCUGGUCACUCGGCUGUGUCCUCCUGGACAUGCUGAUAUGCCACAUACUCAAUGAGGAGGCCUCUUUGUCACAGCUGAGUCAACUGAAACAUGAUCUCACGCCUUUGGAUCUUAUCAUAUGCAAAGACCUUCGCAAGCUCCUCACCAGGAUGUUAGGCCUCAAUCCGAAAAAUAGAGCCAAUGUCUGGACGCUGGCGAAUGAAGCUAUUGUUCAACAAAGUCUGAUUCUCUGUGGUUCUUCAUCACAUUCUAUUAAGCGGACUCUGCCUCAAGGAGUCACUGAGCCACCAUUCCAUGAAGGGAUUGACAGUGUUUUAGAGUUUAUGAUGAUGUAUACAGAUGUGGAGGCCAUUCAGCUUUCCGUUCUGUCGUACCUAAUAAAGGAGGAAGGAACAGCCUUAGACAGAAUUGAGGAUGUGGUACAGGCUGUGACUUUUGCCAUGAUGAGCCACGCUGAGUCAGUCUGCAUCCAGCUGAAAUCAUUCCAGCUCAUACAAGUGCUUCUAACUGCAGGACAGUAUAUUGGCAAGGACUGUUGCCUGUGUGGGGAAAAUGUUAUCUCUUAUGUCCUGAAAGCUGUACAGAGCAAUCCAAAGAACACAGAUCUGCUGGCCAAUGCCUUUCAAGUGCUCUUGCUCAUUUCAAUGAACGAGACGGCCUGUGAACUGAUUGUGAAACUGGACAGUGUUCAUCAAGUAUUGGAUACAUUAAAGGAUUACCCACAUGAGAAGGAUAUCAUCAUCCCUUGCUGCAAACUCAUACAGAUUACACUGGAAAAAGGUUGUUGUGCUCCAGAAUCAUUUCCAGAUGCUGUUGAGACAUUGUGCGUUGUGGGUGAGCUUUAUGUACAAGAUGCAGUUGUGGCAGAAUGUUUGUGCUCUGCACUACAGUUCCUGAUUACUCAAGCUCUGCACAAAGAGAAAGAUAUUGAGAAGGCUACUUGUCUAUUGAUGCAUGAACUCAGAAGCCAUCCAAAUGAAGCUGCUAUAGUGAACCACGUGUUUGUCGCCAUGGCCGGGUUAAUCAAAACCUCAGAUACUGCUGCUUUACAGCUUUGCCAUGUAACAGAUGAAAGGAAUGGUGUUUAUCACAUCAUGGCUGCAAGAAGACACUAUUUAGAUAACCCAAACAUCACAGAAAACUUUUGUCAUCUUCUGAAGCAGAUGGUCCAACAUGAUGCGAUCCUUCCAGAAUUAUUGGCUGAAAAUGUACAGGAGGAAUUGGAGCAGAUAUUGCAACAAUAUGAGUCCGGCACGGACACUGUACUGUUGGCACAGGACAUCCUGUCAAAAAUGACAAGCCUUAAGGACGUUGAGUCGACAAGUUCAGCAUGAUCACCAUCAUGGGGCACUUUAAUUUCGCAAAAUCAUGAAUAUUCAUAUAUCUUUGCAUUCUUUUUUGGGCAUAAAAUUGUGCAGUUAUUGGAGCUUUUGUCAAUUU